AUGGAAUACAGGAUAAGAAGCUAAAGCCACAAAAGCAUUUAGGUCAGGGAGUAUCAAUGGAUGAACCUCACGAGCUCCACAUAGCCAUGUUCCCAUGGCUUGCUUUCGGUCAUAUCAUCCCAUAUCUAGAGCUCGCCAAGCUAAUAGCUCAAAGGGGUCACAAGAUCUCCUUUAUAUCUACUCCAAGAAACAUCCAACGUUUACCAUCUAUACCUCCAAAUUUAACACCACGAAUCAAUUUAGUGAGCCUCGCUUUACCCCAUGUAGAAAAUCUCCCAAACAACGCAGAGGCCACAGCAGACUUACCUUUCGACAAAAUUCCAUACCUUAAGUUAGCCUAUGACAGACUCCAAGAUUCUUUAUUUCACUUCUUACAUUCUUCUUCUCCAGAUUGGAUCAUCUUUGAUUUCGCUCCCUACUGGUUACCUGAGAUAGCAACCAAGCUUGGGAUCUCUAGUGUUUUCUUUAGCAUUUUAAGUGCGUGGACCUUAUCCUUCUUUGGAUCAUCAUAUUCAGCCAUUCUCAACGGCGACGAUCCAAGGACCGAACCGCAACACUUCACGGUCCCUCCAAAGUGGGUCACAUUUCCCUCCAAAGUGGCAUUUCGCAUCCAUGAAGCUAAGCGGUUUUUGGAUCACACAGAAGUGAACAGUUCAGGUGUCACUGAUAUAUUUCGUUCGGGAUCCGUGCUUGCUGGCUGCGAUGUUAUAGCAGUGAGGAGCUGCUUAGAGUUAGAGGCUGAUUUCUUAAGACUCUUGGAAGACCUUCACUGUAAGCCUGUAAUCCCAGUUGGCCUACUGCCGCCAGCUACUCAGUUUAGCGAGGGCGGGUUGGACGAAAAGUGGGCUACGAUCAGUGAGUGGCUAGACAAGCAAACCCAAGGAUCUGUGGUUUACAUAGCGUUCGGAAGCGAGUUAACAAUAAAUCAAAAUGAAACAACUGAAGUGGCUCUGGGGUUAGAGUUAUCAGGGCUGCCGUUCUUUUGGGCUUUGAGGAACUGGGAUGACUCGGUCAGGUUACCAGAUGGAUUUGAGGAACGAGUAAAAGGACGUGGAGUGGUGUGGACGAGCUGGGCACCACAACUAAGGAUUAUGGCUCAUGAAUCGGUCGGUGGUUUUUUGACUCACUGCGGCUUUAGCUCAGUUGUAGAGGCACUCUCCUUUGGACUUGCUUUGAUCAUGUUACCUUUCGCUAUAGACCAAGGAUUGAUCGCAAGGGUUUUUGAAGAGAAGAAGGUUGGGAUAGAAGUGCCGAGAGAUGAGCAGGACGGGUCGUUUACGAGGAACUCGGUAGCUGAGUCACUCAGGUUGGUUAUCAUUAACAAGGAAGGAUCUGCAUAUAGAGAAAAUGCCAAGCAGCAGAUGGUGACAUUAUUUGGUGAUAAGAGUAUCAGCGAUCGAUGCAUGGACCAAUUUGUUGCCUUCUUACGAAGUCAUAGAAAACUGCCAGCAGUGAUCAACGAGGACUUGCCCACGCACUCGCAAAACUGACAUGUGCCACUUGCUAUGUGCCAUCCGGUUCUUGACUAGGUUCUAAAAUAGAGUCCGUAGGUUUAGACUCUGGAGUGCCUUUUUUUUUUUUUCAUGCAGUGUAGAGAGUAUAAACUGUUGAGUGCCACUUCCUGAAACUAAAAUUUGUUUCGAGAAAUCUAUGUGCUAUUUUAUA